AUGCCUGUCAACUGGAAAGACCCGGAAGCAUUCACCCGCCUCCUGGCGGCAAUGGUGGCUGCGCAGGAUAUGAAGCUCGACUACCGCAAGAUCGCGUCCAUGUACGGCAACGGCGCCACCUACGACUCAAUCGAAGGCCGCUUCCGAAUCAUCAAGAAGGAAGCAGUGGCCUUGAAAGCAGAAGUUGACUCCGGCGAGCGUCCCGAAGCUCCCGCCCGCGGCACCGUCUCCGCCACCGUCACGCCAAAGAAGCCCAAGUCUACCGUCGGCACUCCCUCAAAGGGGAAGACCGUCGGCGGCCGCGUGGGGAAGAGCAAUGGGACUCCCACCAAGAAGCGCGGCAAGGGGAUCAAGGAGGAGCCGCAGAGCGGCUCGAGUAGUUUCUUGGAAGUGCCCAGCACCGAGGACGAUGAGGACUUCGCGGCCAAUGUCCAAGGCGGAUACAGUGAUCGUGGCGGUCGCGCAGCACAGGGUAGCGUUGACGGUGGCGAGUCCAGCCUCUACUACGAUGGUGACUUUGUUGACGGUGGCAUGGAUAUCGAAGCUUUUUAG